UUUUCUUCAAAUGUAAUGUUUAGAAAGAUGAAGGGUUCUUUUAUUCAUUGAAGCAUUUAGGCAAAUAGGUUUUUAUCCAAUAAGACCAUGAUUGGGACUCGGGGGAACUCAAUAAUUUAUAUAGAGAGAACUUAUGAAUCCAUAAGAUAUCUGAUAAUUUAUAACAGCUAGUAUGGUAAUGGUAGACUGCUACCUUCAGAACUCUUAUACAAAUUCUCUUAUACUGAGUUAUUCAUGUCAUUGGGACUUACUAAAUGAACUUAAGUACACAUACACUGUAUACAUGUACCAGCAGUAUAUUAAAGAAAGGCAAUGAGAAAUGCAGGAUUUCCAUCCCAUGCAGACUUGGUAACAGACUGAAUGUUAGGCCAUGUUAUCUUGUACGAGUUAGCCCUACUCUUCACUUGUCUUUUGGGUGACUUUCUUCCUUCAACUGUAAAAAGUACUCAUGGUAACCUUCCAAGAGCACUGAUUGACAGUUUCACACAUUGGGGCGUGGCCUUUUUCUCAUGGGCAAUCAUUGUUCAGGCGAAAAACUACAAGGAAUUUGUGGAAUGUCUGUUGUGUGGACUCCUUGCCAUGGCUAUAGAUGCUGACCACUUCAUCGCAGCCAGGUCAUUGUCUCUCCAGGCAGCAUUGUCACUGAAGUCACGACCUUUCCUCCACUCAACGACCUUGACCCUUUUGAUAUCUCUCAUUAUAUUCAUUACUGGAUACAUUUUAAACAAGGGGUGGAUCAAACUUCUCUCUGUAAUGUGUUUCAUUGCCUGGACAUCUCACCACAUUAGGGAUGGAUCUCGGCGUGGCCUCUGGUUUUCUCCUGUUGGAUCCACCCCUGCUAUUCCCUAUAACAUUUAUGUAGUUUUGACACUUUCGUUGCCAUUGUUGGUGACAUUUCUUCUCAAAAUUUUUAAUGCUGAUUUUAUGAGAUCAGAUGUACACAGAGAAUUGUUUGUAGAAGCUAAAUCUAAGAAUGUGCUCCCAAUAUGAUGAAUGUUUUGAAUAAAAAUGCAUUACAUCCACA